UCGCAUCGGCAGAAACACUAAGCACUAGGAACAGAAAGGACGUGCUCGGCACUGGUCAGCUGGUCAAGAGAACUGCGAACAAUUAACUGGACAACACAAAGGCUAGACCAUACAUAUAGAUAAAGCCGACACUCAAGAACAAGACAAAAUUACUGACAUUUCGGAACAAUUGUUUAUUUACAUUUUAAUAAUUCACGCCACGCUAAAAAUUAGCAAGAUACAAUACUUCAGCGCUUUAAAGUCACAGCUGUUGGCUCUUCAAGCAUUUUGGUUUCGGUUGCUUGAUUUCUUGACAGUUUUUCGAACAAGUUUGUGUUGAACACAUGUACAGCAUGUGUUACCAUUCAGAGGUGGUGUGCACCGUAUUGCUGAUGUGUGUAUUAGCAGCGAUUGCGGGACCAAUUAAAUCGGUAUCGUCGCCUAAAGAAGACAAGAAAUCGUCGGAAGCGCCAGCAGCACGGGUGAAUGAUCAAGAAUUAGCCUUGGAAGAAUUAGCACAACUCGCAGCAAAGAGCCAUAAAAAUGUCGCAGUCCAGAAAGAUAAAACAUACCACUAUACAAAUGUUAACGGCAAAGUAAAUACAGAUUCUACUGCAGAGGAAAAAAUUUUAGAUCCCGUAAAACAGGAAUUGGUUUUAGAUUUAAAACAAACCACAAAAAGUGAUGACACGGAAGGUGGUCCACAUAAAGUAACAGUCGACAAGAUAGACAUGCCAGCAGCAGGAUUACACAAAAGCAUAGUUUCCAAUGGAGACGACACAGAAAUCAAUGACGUCACAGACGAUAGCGAGCAAUUAUCGCCAGAAGCUAGUGAUAUCAUCAAUUUUACACCGGAGGCGGUUGCCGAAUUUCUCUUGGAGACUGGAGAAUUUGAAGAAUUUGAUCAAGCUUUAAAAGAACUAGAAAAUUCCUCAGGGAUGACCAAAGAACAGGCUGAGCAAUACAAGAACAGUGUCCGGGAGGCGUACAACAAACUUUAUGAAGAGGCUGAGGUGCAGGCACAAACAGAGUCAGCCCUUGAAGAGUCAUUUUUUCCGGAAACAUUGGAAGACACACCUUCAUCAUAUGACACUCUGCCAGCCAGCUUCUACAAUAUGUACAAUGACGAAAGCCGAAUUCCAGCCCUUGAUAUGGUUGAACUUCAAAACGAGGCUGCCAUCCCUGACGUCAUUUCCGAGAAAGAAACUCUGAAUACACUUAUCGAGGAUUUAAUGGACGAAUGGCUAUCUCGGGCAGUUCUAACAGGAGACCAGAAGGCCGGGGCAAUGCUUAAUAACAUCAUGUCUGUCGUGUCAAAAGACCAGGAUCCAGAUGAUUUCAGACAAGUCCGACAAAUUCUUACUGAUCUUGUUGCUGACGAGGUACUCCAAGGACUUCAGCCCAGACCUGAAAUACCCAUGGAGUAUGAAGAGAUGCUUGGAACGCAGUUUCUCCCAGCCAUUCCUCAACCAAUCGUCAACGAUAUCCCAGAGAUUAUCGAGAACGUAGAGGAACCUGAGACAGCAAUGCAACAGCAAAAGAAAAGAAGAGCAGUGAAACAGAGGAAACAGAGCCACAGGUGUCAAAAGAAAACAGCGAGGAAAACAAAGAAACGCCUGCAGAACAGCCAGAACCACCAAAAGAAGAAAUGGAAAAACUGAAGAUGUAAAUAGUUCUUCUUUUGAUCAUUCAAAUCUACAACAUCAAAAUCCAGCGCAACUCAAGAACGAAGAAACAAACAUACUGCAGAAAGUGUCCAUUUAAUACCAUACUGAUUGUAAGAACUGACAGGCAACCGUUUUCGUCUGUAAAUUUAAAUUUUAAGCGCUGGUAUAUUACUGCUUAGAACAUUUAAUAUAUACUUCAAAUUCGCUAAAAUCCCACAUCUACAAGUUAAUAUUUCUAAAAAUCUGGUAACGCAUACAGGUAGUCAAUAAUGUAUCCAAAUAAACCAUUGUAUGCUAAUAAUAUGUUCGCUAAUAACAAUUCAUUGAUUGGUCAAAACUUGUUUGGUGAAUUUCACGUCCUACCGUUGUGUAUGAUGUGUUGUGUACAUCCGAUUUAUGUGGAGAUGAAAUAUACCAAAUCAAUAUAUAUAUUGUGUGUGUAUAUAUGAAGGAAAAUGAUUGGACAAUUCUUUAUUAUGUGUUAUUACAUCAUUGUAUCAACUACGGAAAUAAGAUCUUGAGAACUUUGUGUUAAAUCCAAAAGUCAUAUUCUAAGACAGAUGUAAAAUGUAAACAUUUUGUCAUUCACACAAUAUAUAUAACAACCAGCCAACGGGGCAUAUAGUUGACCAGAUGUCGCGAAAUAUGGAGUUAUAAUCAUGUAUAAAAUUGACAAAAUCAAUGAUAUUAUUCAAAAUUGCCUGGAUUUGUAGUCCAAAAAGUCCACGUAGUACGAUCAGUACACCUUUUAUUGGUAAAUACGUCUAUUUAAAAGAGGCGGUAAAAAUCUGUGAUACAUAGGUAGGGUCAAUGUAGAAAGCCCCGCAAAAUAACUGUAGAUUAGUUUUACCAUAAAGAGGGUUUUGGUUUAGAAUACAACACAACUACGAAUUUUAUCAAGAUCGAACUUGUAAAUAGUAAUCAUACAUGCCGAAGCUAAUACUAGUAUGACAAUGCCGCAGUAUUUAAAGACAAAAUACCACGUUUGUAUUGGCAAAAACAUAGUUGCAUCAUUUAUGACGGCAUUCGAAGUGAAAGAUUUUUCUAUUUUGCUCCGGCCUUGUUAAUUUACAAAACGUUUAUCAUUGAAAAUAUAAUGUAGCAACUUCACAGCUGUGCAGAUAGCCAAAAUAAAUGGUGUUUUAUUUUACAAAUUGUAUGUACUGGUCAAACCAUUUCUCGCAUUCAUAUUCUUAAAAUUGGAAUGUUGAUGACAUUCCAAUUUUGUGAUGUAGUUCAACGCUUACAAUUUUACUAGGGACACAAUAAUUUGCAAACGUUAAAAGAUAACUUGUGCUGUGAUUUGCAGAUGACGUCAACUUCGUGUAACACAUUUUCACAGGGGUUUUUUAAUACUGUUUUCACAUCUUGACAACAUUUACUCCAGAAAAGAAUAUUUUAGAAUAUCAAAUAUUCCACAGUAGGGGUUAAAGAAGCACACGCGACUAGUCAAUUGUACUAUAUUUAUCUUACAGUACAGCAAACUAAAUUCUUUUAUACGACGUCUUUGCCAGCUAUAAUUCUCCAAUAUAAGAUAUAUUAUAUAUGUAUGUGUGUUUUGUAAUGACACUUUGCUUGGCAGUAUAGUAUACACAACUAAAUGAAAAUAUAUACCAGUUUAUGUACAUGGGUAUUUCAAAAUAUAGAGUAUAUUUCUUAUCGCUAUUGUUCCCAUGCUGUAUUACUUAUCUAUACAGAAUUAUUCAUAUGCUCAAAUAGUACAAGCUCAAUAUAUAUUUUAAAAAAACAUAUACAAACGAAAUAAUACAUGAUAUAAUAAAUACAUAAAGAAAAAAAAAAGGUCUUUUAAAAAAAUAACGGUUUUGAAUUACAUGUUUGGUACUUGGCUCGCGUCCGAUGAUAAGAUGGUCGUCCUAUAGUAUUGCGUGGCGUUGAAAUGAGCUGUUAUGAGUAUUCUCAUAUAAAGUGAAUUUUUUCGUCACAACAUUUAUUUCAAAUAUUACCAAAGAGUUAAAGCGUACAUAAGAUACGCAAUUUAUUUUGGUUUUAAAUAGUUUUUUUUAAUAAAAGUCUUGAUUUUUCAUCAGCUGCUGAUCGUACAGGUGAUUAACCUUCGACUUUUAAAAGUUAUAUGUAAAUGUAUAAUCUUAUAUCCCUUUCUGCAAGAUAUUCUUAAUUAGUUUUAAGUGUAUGCAGAACUCAUAAAAUCCCAUUAAAUUGGACGCAUGAAGGACUCAUAAAAACCUAUUAAAUCUAUCACUAUGAUAGCCUAUCCGUAUUGUAUAACUUAUAAUCAGGGCAGGUAUUUGAAUACAAUGUCCAUAUCUUACUUUGAACUAUUCUAUUGACAACGGUACGUAUAUUUUCACUUCAUUUCUUUAAAAUUGACUGUAAUGAACUUGAAGUUCACACUUUUGGCACAGAAUCCAAGGUUUAGUCGCCUGGUAGGUGCUACGAGAUAGAUAUCGAUAACAGUGUUUAAACAUUAAUCAUGUAUAUACCGCAUAUCAGUAUGCUGCAGUGUAGGGCUUUUUUUGGAGUUCCAAGAAACGUCCUGGGUCCAUUUUUUCACUGUCAUUAAUUAAAACAAAAUAAAAAUGUCAUUUUAUUGCGAAACUGAUCAUUAUCAUAAAACGAAAUAUGGUUAAUGAUAAGGUAUCUGUAGAUCUAGACCGCCGACUGUCUAAGUAUAUAAAAAGGACAUACCAUUAUAUAUCAAAUUAAUUUACAUGUACUUAGAAUACGAAGGUUAUUUUACAGGGAAAUGAAUCCUUUUCAUUGACUAAAUUUGAUAGGAUAUCAUCUUUUGAAUACAACUAUUUUCUUCUUAUCUGUCAUUUUAUUAAGAGACAAAUUCUGUUACAUAAAUCUAUUUCGAGAUCAAGGCUUUUAACCACAAAUUUUGUCCAGUGAAAAUAGAUAUUUUGUCAACCAUUGAUCCUGCAUUUUAAAUGUUCCCUAUAUUGUUAAAUAGUGUGUUUGAUGAAGACAUCAAACAUUCAAGGGCAUUCGGGCGCACAGAUGCGCUCGAAAAGUCGCUAAUACUGUCAAGGACGAUUCUGUGAUCAUGUACAUAAUUAAGAUAACUUGAGAUAUGGUCUUAUUUUUAUAUGUAAAUACGACAAAGUUAUUAUCCGCUUGUAUUUGAAGUCAGAGAGAAAUUCAGACAAUACAGUCUCAUCUAUCAUUCUUCAAAAUAAAACGUUCUAAAAUAC